GUUUUUGAUUAGAAUAAUUUAUCCCAGCACCCGUAGUCAAAUUCACACAAAAUUCACGCAGACGGAAGAAAGUACAAUUCUCCUUCAUAAAAUGGAGGAAAAGACGAGACUUGGAUGCCUGUAUUUCAAAGGACUCGCGAUAAUUUAUAUUUCUAUUUCACUUUAUUCGCAUUCGGUCGGCUGCGUCACCGUUGAGAACAACGUCUACAAAGACGUGUACGUCGCUAUACGUUCAGACGUACCUGAGAGCGAGUGCGAGGCAGCCGUUGCUAACCUUGAGACAGCGUUCAACGAAGCCUCAGGCCUGCUCUUCCAAAUGACGGAGUCCCGCUUGUAUUUCGACAAGCAGCUCUACGUUGUGCUGCCUUCGCACUUCAAGACCUGCGGUAGACACUUCAACGAGUCGCUCUCCGCAGCAGCGCCCGCUGGAUACUCGUACCUUCGAGCUCCUAUCAGAAUGGGUAGGACACACGGCAUUUUCGGCGACGAUAUCUGGACGCAACAGCCGCGGCAGUGCGGCCAGAGCGGUGACUUCAUUUCCAUGGCUACGGCCAGCGUAGCGAACAAUACUUACGCUGCGCGUGACCUGGUGAAGGAGUGGGCUAAGUUCAGGUGGGGUGUGAUGGAUGAAGAAGGCCAUGCCGGGGACUCCAUCCACCCUCCAGGAUACGCAUCCUAUGAUGGCUCCUACUUGCCCAACGCAUGCGUCGACAGUCCGCUGUCCUUCUCUCUGUCAGACUGCAGUUCCGAACAAGAUUGCAUAAUCGACCCCGAAAUUAAUACAAACCAGACCUCGUCUAUUCUAUCGGUACCACAUUUGCCGAAUGUGGUUAAGAUGUGUACCGCUGCCACACACAACAAACAUCUGCCGACGAAGCAGAACUUGCUCUGUGCUGGCCUCAGCGCCAUGGAGGUCUUCCUUCAACACAAUGACUCCAACGUCAGACCCAUUACUGGAUCAUUUUCGGUGCCCUCAAUCAAAACUGUAGUGGCAAGAGUGAACCCAAUCAUUUCAUCGAUAAUUAUGGCUGUGGAGUUCACUAAACCAAUGGUAGAGCAUGGAUAUGAAUUCGAAUACGUAAUGGACGGGAUAUGCCAAGCCCUCGAAGCCUACUUACAAGAUGGAAUUUCAUUCGGCCUUUUGCUCUUCCAAGAUUCUAAAGUAUCGCUCGUCGGCGAGUCUCUACUCGGGUCAGAGCUCGUUGUUUUGAACUCCACAGUGAAGCAAACUAUCUGUUAUGCCUUACAAGUCGCAUUCGAAGAAGCGCGUCCUAUUUCUUCUACCGAUCGAUCUAUUGCAAACGUUCUUGGAAAAGCGACACAGCUCCUACCCAGCGCAGGAGGAGCAAUUCUGUUGAUCACGAAGCCACGGGACGAAACUGACGACGUGAACGACGUGGCGACGAAGGCAGAACUUAACACUGUGUGGCCGCUGCUCUACUCACAUGAUGGCCAAAAUAUUGCUUGGUACGAGUCGCUCUCGCAGAAGACGGGAUCUGACGCGGUGCUGACGGUUAGACAGGCUCUCAACAAUGACGAAUGUCAAGCCGUCAUGCGGAUGGAACUCAGUCGAGCCUUGCAACAAAUUCUCUCCAACAACCAAGUGGAUGAACUUACACAGUUGAGCUCCCAAGCUUGUUCGUUAACGGGAAAUACGAAGACAUGUUCGGCGUCCUUCACGAUAGACCCUUCGGUUGCGGCUGACAAUUACUUGGUGAGCGUGUACUACCCGAAAGACUUUCAAUCCAUUAAUGUCUCCAACGCCGGUGCUGAUUGCACGAAACUGCAGUAUGACGUGCAAACUGACUCUUCAAGUACGCUCAAUUGCUCUUCCUUGCCUUCGAAGAUCGACGUUACAUCACACUAUGCUACCAGCGCACAAACUAUCUAUUCUGAAGUUGUGGCCAAGGCUGCAGUCAUAUCACCUACUACGAUCAGCAACAUGGGUAAAAGCUCGAUUGUCAAUGUCGACGUAAACCUGAAUAAAACAAAUGGAAUAUACAUAUGGACGUCUGAGAACUCCCGUGACCUGAAGUUUACAGCUACAUCUGCACCAGCUGUCUUCGCACAGGUCUUUGUUGAUGGUCGGGAGGUGGUAGGGGCCAGAGUGUCGCUGGCCCUGACGAUUCUCAACUCGACGGCUGGCUUGCCUGGAACACAACUUCCCGACAUCGUCAUGAGGGACACUGGCACGGGUGCGGAUGUCACUGGCAACGAUGGAAUCUACUCGGCGUUCCUUGCUUUUUCCAGCGGCAACGACUCAUCCAUCCAGACUCCAGAACUCAGCCUGGAAAUAAGCGCCUCUGGACAAGGCUUUUUCCUGCCUGAUUCUUCUGAAGCCUUAGACCCGCCACUGUCUUGCUGCGGUUCAUCGUUACCUCUUCCAUCAACCUUGUCGGUGACUCCAAAAUUGGACUUCAAGUCUUCCAUUCGAGGCCGCGUAACAUCGCCUCUACCGGCCAACCUGCCUCCAGGGUCCAUCUCUGACCUGAGCGCCUCCACUGCUGGAUCAGCCGUACGACUUACGUUCACGGCACCCGGGGCUGACUUGGAUGCUGGAACUGUGAGCGGAUACAUAGUGACAACUUUUUCAAGCCCAACCGAGGAGGGUAGAAAUCACUCAACACGCAGCGGCAUAGUUGCUGCAGGCUCAAGACAGAGCCUGGACUUAUCGAAGGAUACGGUAGGAUGCGACUUGUAUCUUGACUACUACAUCAGCGCCUUCGACGAGCUCGGUGCUGUUGGUCCUACAUCGAAUUCCGUGAAGCAUCUGAUCAGCUGCAGCGCCGGCGAGAAGUCUUUAUCGGCAGGAGCGAUCGUCGGAAUCACGAUUGGUGCUGUAGUUUUGCUGAUAAUUAUUGUGCUGAUCAUAUACUUGUGUUGUAAUUGGGACAGAAGGCAGCAAACCGGGUUAUGGCAGUGCCUCACCUGUUCCAAAUCGUCUAACAAAAAGAAAACCACCGCCAAAGAUACUCCUUCGAAGUCAAGUCAGAGGCCAACGAGUGUGGAAGUAAUUCGCAGCAUCGAUGAUUUGUACACUAAGCCGGAGAAAUCCAUCACGAAGAAAGCGGGAGGUGGAGUCACCAACGAAGGAUUUGAAGGAACCACCAAGAAACCAGCUCCUGUUCCUAAUCCAAGACAGAGAAAUCGAAAUGACAACGAUAGCAUUGCGUCUUAUGGUUCCCGUGAACUCGAAAAAUUCAACAUGCCUUACGACCUACGUGAUUCGACCCUUCAAACCACACUGCCCAUCAACAAGGUGGGCAUUCCAGUUCCCGGUAAUGACGCUAGAACCGAUCACGCUCGAACGCCUUACGCCCAGUCACUUAAAUCCUCCCCUUCGCCGUCUCAACUACCAAUCUACCCGAAUUAUAAUUCAAAUUCUGGCAUGUUUGACAUGGAGCCAAAACAGGCUGGAAGUCUACCGGAUUAUUCGACCAAUUCUCGCGAUUCCCCUUACGGUUACGACCAAAGGCGACCUGCGUCUGUGUCGGAACUACGCAAGCCAAGUCCUUCUAAUUUGAACACGCUUGUGUAGAGAAUUCGGUCAGCAAACAUGAACAAGUUUACUUUGAAGACGCAUUGACAUUACAUGAUUGCAGAGAUCAUUCGCCUCUCAGCAGCAGAUGCAGAAAUGAAUUAUCGACUCGAGCAAUAAUUCUAGCCACAAUAAUGCUGGCAUUUCUAAGCUAACAUGCGACAAUCGUGAACAUCUGAAUAGAACAAUUAUAUAUAAACUUCAACUGUAAAUUAUUUCUUAAUAAUUAUGAACAUUUUUUAUCUAAUUUUGUCGAUCAGGCAUUCAAUUCAGUACAGUCAAACGAGUGAUUGCUCUAUAUCUCCAAAUAAUCAAUUUUUAUCAUUAAUAUCCAUGCAUAAAUACUCUACGUUGCUUGAUCGUUGAUUCUGAGAUGCGGUGAGAGAGAACGUGUGAUGUUUUACGUGUCCCAGACACCCAUGCUAGACUUCAAUAAAAAACGAAAUCCAUUCCGCAAACCACUUUUUUUGUAGGUCCGUUCACCAUUUUGCAAAUUCAUCACAACUCAUUGAAUUAAUCACGAAAAACACCAGCACAAACUAAAUGAUUUUAUUUCAUUUUUAUUUUAUUGUAUUUAAUGAUACUUUUAUUUCAUACCACGCUAAUGCAUUAUUUUAGAUCCGGGUGAAAUGAUUGACUUUCGUUCAUUUGAAAGUUAUUCAUUUCAUCAUCCACGUAGCCUUCCUCCUCAAUAAUGAGUCGUAUUUUUAAGAUAAUUACAUAUUAGUGAAGAAGUAGGUGUUCAUCUCGGUUCCUGCUUCGCUUGAUUUGAUUUCAAAAAUCUUAAUUUUAAGCUACGAAUAAAAAAUUGUAAAAAUUUUCCACCAAUGUAAAUGAAGUAGACAAUUUUUUCCUAAAUAUUAAGUAUGUUAUUGCCGGGUGCUGGAUUAGAUAGAGCUUUAUGAUAAUAAAUAUCGCUUUGAUAGGCGUCGUUGAGGUUAAAAUAUUCUGUAUUUAGUUAAAUUUUUUAAGCCUAUUAAGAUUGUAGAUAUUUCGAUCGGGUAGCUAUGUUCUUAAAUAAAUGUCACGGAAGUUGCCUAAGUAAUGAACAGUAAUCGAUAAACUGAAAUUAUUCAUGAAUGCUGAAUGUAUGUUGACAAUGAAGCAGUUCAUUCGCAAGUGGCUUAGAUAGAAAUUUAAAAUUUUUCAUUUCUUUAGUUUACCUGGCUUCUGCCUAUUGCACAAUCAUUGGCCCCAAAAAUUGUCUUAUUAUUAACUUGAUUGUUGCCUAAACGUCAUUCGCGGAAAUUCUGUUAAGCUAUGACAUCUCAUUCGUCAAAAUUAUGAAUUAUAUUUUACAAAAUAUGAUAAAGUGCGAGCGUAACAGCCACAGAUGAGAAUCCGACAGGAAUAAAAAAUAAUCCUCAUUGACAGUUCAAUAUACAUAAUGUUACAAUUAUUUUUCAAUGAAACUCUACUUUCUGAUAAAAAAAAGUUAUCCUCUGUUACUUAUAAAUUGAUCAUGACGUUGGAUAGUAAAAGUUAUGAUUCAUGUAAAUUUAUUUUAUGAGCAUUUCUUGUAACCUAUUUAAAGCUCA